AUGCAAUCGAUACUAGCGCUCUCUGAGACUCAGAGGUUCCUAUCACGGUCUUGUACGACUGUGCUGCGUGAAGCACCUAUUCCAGCGAAACAAAGUAUAUCCUUUGCGCUGAAAAGUAUAAAUCUCGAGAAUAUUAGCACAAAAAGGAUGCAACUCUCAGUGAACGAAAGUGCGCUAAUUGCGGGGACGAGAGAGAAAAUGGUUAUUGCAUAUACUCAGCCGGGCAUUGACGCUAUAGUCAGCGACAACUAUGAGCAAAGGCCUCGUUAG